AUGAUUCGACAUUUUCCCUUUACUCAAACGUACAAAAACCUUGCAUUCAACUUAAAGAACUUCAAACCCUCUUCGCAUAGACCUUCGUUCAAGUCGGUCAACCACCCAUUUAUGCCCAAUUCACAACUCCAAGACUCCCUGUAUGCCAAGUGGAUAGUGGAGGCAUCUUCAAAGUUACCGGGACGCAUAAUACACCAUAUGAAGACACAAAAGAAGCCGACGCGGAAGACCUCGUCUUUGGUGGAUCCAUACCCACAGGUAGGUGGCUACCAUGGCAUUGAGAACAGCAGUGACAACAGUGGACUGUACUACUAUAUUCCUAGUGAUUACACUAUAGACGAUAUCCAGAAGCCAAAUAGCAUAUCAGAAACAAUUUUAAUGGCAUUUGAAGAGGGAAAUCUACCCAAAGUAGCGGCAUUGUUACAGUCACACAAGGACUCAUCUCCGGGGAUAAUCAUAGAGCCCGAUUUGGUCAGUAUCAUAGUUAAACUCACCCUCAGUGAGAUACCACUCCCAGAUUUCCAUGUUUCGGAUUUGCAGGUGGAAGUACCGAUGUAUAGGAAGCAUUUACACGCCCUGCAGACGGACUCUCUAUUCUACUCAUUCAUUUACGAACGAAUACCAUGUCUAUACAAGAUAUGUAAAACGUACGAGCGGGUGAUGUUCAACGAUCGUGAUUUUCAGGAAUAUUAUACAUGGUUGUGCUUCCAUCAAAAUGACAGGGAGACAUUGAAUCUCCUUACCAGAGCUUACCUCAAACAGCAAGAAGACUGCGAUUCCAAGGUUCUCGCCUACGCUGUCUGUUCUCAUUUAAUGAACUAUGAUACCGUGACAGCUAUGGACAUCUAUAGUGAGAUAUUAUCCAGCAGCAAAGAUUUAGAUAGUGUGUUCUUGGAACUGGUGCUUCAACUGGCCAUUCAGUUCGACAGUUUGUUUGAGCACAUUCAAAAGAUUUCACAGAUGUGGAUCAAUACUAAUCGUAAAUUGCUGCCGAAGAGUGCUGCAUUGAUACUCAAAGUCAACAAAAGGUAUCUCGGAGACGAAAAAGCAGUCAAUGACUCCCACAUUCUUCCACUUUCCCAACAUUACAUGGUUAGAACACAACUUUUGAAAAAUCGAAUCUUAAGUAGAUAUCCCACUCAUUCGUAUAAGCCAAUAUUGGAAGAAGACAUUAUAGAAAUCAACGAGAUAGCGAAGAAUCUUAGUGAGAAGGAGGGAGAUAUCGCUUCAUUAAAGAACUUUUACUAUCAAUUGAUGAAGUUCUUCGGUCAGAGAAAACAUAUGAAUAUGGUCCUCUUCGUUCUGCACAAGAUGAAGAAAGAUCAAAUUAGUAUCGAUGAAGAUUUCGUGAAGAUCAUUCUGAAAUUUUACUCCAGAUCUGAAAAAUUCAUGAACUUAUUAGAAUUUUUGGAAUUUUCAGCACAAAGAGGGGUACCCUUCAAUAGACAGUACGUGACUGAUAUAUAUGAAGGGUUUGUAAAGACAUACCCCUAUUAUGGAGGUGAGUUUGAUCUCAAGUAUAAAAGUUGGGCAGCCCUGAAGCCAGAAGAAAUUACGGCCCUAGACUGUCUGGUAAUUUCCACUAAGUCAAGUUUGACUCCCUUCAAUCCUAAAGUAAGACAUGUCUUGGAUCCCUUCAAAUACGAUCUCAAUAAAUGGACUUACCCUCUUACCGACAGAUCAGCUGACUCACAAUUACAAUACAGAUUCAACCAGGGGUUCCCUGAAUUAUCCAUGAAAGGUGUAAAACCAGAUUUCCGAUUGAUCAAAGAGUCGUAUGAGAAUCUCCCAAGAAAUGAAAGACAUCGCAUUUUAGACAUCAUGAAACGGACAAGGACAGACUCUCCAAAGAAAAUCCUUGCUGUGAGUAGAUUGAAUAAGGACAAAUAUACAAAGAAAUAUUUGAGUGAUUUCAUCAAGAAUGAAGGAAAUGGACUAGAUGCACAGAAUAGAUUGAAUAUUCUGUCGUUAUUGAUGAAUAAGGGAUUAGGCAAAUUAUCCACGAAACUAUUAGAUUCAAUAAAAUUAGAGGAAUUGAACGAUAGAGGGUACAUGAUCAGAUUACAAAAAUUACUUAGAUUAAACAUAGCAACUUUCCAACUAAGGAAAUUUGUUUUCAAUAUUGACGAAUUUCCUAUUAAUGAAGUGGUAUUAAGUCCCUACAUUUACGAUAAAUGCUGCAUUUUAGAAAAUUUAUUGGUGAAACAAAUGGUAAAACAGAAUAUGAAAAUGAAAGCAGAAUUAAUGGAAGAAGAAAAAACGGACAUCUUGACUAUAGUGGACAGUGAUGGUAAAUUAGUCGAAUGUAAAUUAGUUGAAGUCCCAGAUGAGCCUAUGGCUGUGCAAAUGGAAAGGGCUCUAGCAAGAUUGCAGAGCUUCAUAGCAGAUAUUCAACUUCGUUUAGAUAGCGACAAGUUGGAAAUUGGACAAAAGAUUGAAGAAACUUUCAAUUUUUUGAACAAGUGGAUGAAGGAGAACAAUAAUGAUGAGAGGAAGGUGUAA